UCACACUUUGGAGCCCAAAAAACUCUCACAACCAUUAAAAAAAUCCAAAAAACUCUCCGGCGUCAAUGGAGGAUCUCCGUCGUAGAUUUCCGACCAAAAAGAACGGAGAAAUCUCCAAUGUCGCCGUCGCUCUUCCUCCUCCUCGUAAAGCCUCUGACGCGCUUCCUCUUCCAUUAUACCUAACCAACACUUUUUUCCUCGCGCUCUUCUUCGCUACUGUUUAUUUUCUUCUUAGCCGAUGGCGUGAGAAGAUCCGUAACUCGACGCCUCUUCACGUCGUUGAUCUAAGUGAGAUCUGCUCUCUCAUCGGUUUCGUUGCUUCGUUUAUCUACCUCCUUGGUUUCUGUGGUAUCGAUUUCAUUUUCCGAUCUUCUUCCGAUGAUGAUGUUUGGGUUAACGAUGGGAUGAUUCCAUGUGGUCAAUCCCUAGAUUGUCGAGAGAUUCUUCCGAUUAAACCUAAUUCCGUCGAUCCUCCUCGUGUUUCGGAUCUUGAUUCGGUGGAAGAUGAAGAAAUCGUUAAAUCGGUGAUCGACGGAAUCAUCCCGUCGUACUCAUUGGAGACGAAACUCGGUGAUUGUAAACGAGCAGCAGCGAUUAGAAGAGAAGCGGUUCAGAGGAUAACCGGUAAAUCCUUAACCGGUCUUCCAUUGGAAGGUUUUGAUUACAAUUCAAUCUUGGGGCAAUGCUGUGAGAUGCCAGUUGGGUAUGUUCAGAUCCCAGUGGGGAUUGCUGGACCUUUGUUACUCGAUGGGAUUGAGUAUUCAGUGCCAAUGGCUACAACAGAAGGUUGUUUGGUUGCUAGUACUAAUAGAGGUUUUAAAGCUAUUCACUUGUCUGGUGGUGCUUUUAGUGUUCUUAUGAAAGAUGCCAUGACUAGAGCUCCAGUUGUUAGAUUCCCUUCUGCAAGAAGAGCUGCUCUUGUCAUGUUUUAUCUUCAAGAUCCUGCUAAUUUCGAGAGAUUGUCUCUCAUUUUUAAUAAAUCGAGUAGAUUUGCUAGGCUUCAGAGUAUUACAUGUAAGAUUGCUGGAAGGAAUCUCUAUCCGAGGUUUGCGUGUAGUACCGGUGAUGCUAUGGGGAUGAACAUGGUCUCCAAAGGUGUUCAGAAUGUCUUGGAUUUCGUAAAGAGCGAGUUUCCUGACAUGGAUGUUAUUGGCAUCUCAGGGAAUUACUGUUCGGACAAGAAGGCUUCAGCUGUAAACUGGAUCGAAGGACGUGGUAAGCAUGUUGUAUGUGAAGCCUUUAUUAAGGCUGAGAUUGUGGAGAAAGUGUUGAAGACUAGCGUUGAGGCUCUUGUAGAGCUCAACACGCUCAAGAACCUUGCUGGUUCAGCCAUGGCGGGUUCUCUUGGUGGAUUCAAUGCUCAUGCAAGCAAUAUUGUCAGCGCUGUGUUUAUUGCCACUGGCCAAGACCCAGCUCAAAACGUGGAGAGCUCACACUGUAUCACCCUCAUUGAAGCUGAAGGCAACGACCUUCACAUCUCUGUCUCAAUGCCUUGCAUUGAGGUUGGUACUGUUGGAGGUGGUACACAACUUGCAUCACAAUCAGCUUGUUUGAAUCUGCUCGGUGUGAAAGGAUCAAACAAUGAGGAACCUGGAUCGAACGCACAGCAAUUGGCAAGAAUAGUGGCUGGUUCGGUUCUUGCAGGAGAGCUUUCACUAAUGUCAGCUAUUGCAGCUGGACAGCUUGUGAAGAGCCACAUGAAAUACAACAGAUCCAGCAGAGACAUUGGCCCUUCGUCUCAAAGGAUGGAGGAGUGUUACGGGAGUUUGACAAAUGAAGCUAUGAACAUGGAAAUUGGUGCAGUUGGAGACGAUGAAGUCUCUCCUCAUGGCAUGUUUGAGUCUUUGAUGAUAUAUGUUAGCAAAAGGAAUCUUUCGACGAUCAUCAGCUUCUGGGAAUCGAGCUUCGCUAUUAACAAUCGGCUAAAAAUGAUACAUUUCGUGCUACUAGUUAGUCGGCAAGGGAAAGUAAGGCUCACCAAGUGGUAUUCGCCUUAUACACAGAAGGAAAGAUCUAAGGUCAUACGCGAACUCAGCGGUGUGAUUCUGAACCGAGGUCCCAAGCUCUGCAAUUUUAUUGAAUGGAGAGGAUACAAGGUUGUCUACAAAAGAUAUGCAAGCUUGUAUUUCUGCAUGUGCAUUGAUGAGGCGGAUAACGAGUUAGAGGUACUGGAGAUAAUUCAUCACUACGUCGAGAUUCUUGACCGUUACUUUGGCAGUGUGUGUGAACUCGAUUUGAUUUUUAACUUCCACAAGGCGUAUUAUAUACUCGAUGAGCUGUUGAUCGCUGGUGAGCUUCAAGAGUCAAGCAAGAAAACAGUUGCAAGGAUAAUAUCAGCGCAGGAUCAAUUGGUGGAAGCUGCGAAAGAGGAGGCGAGUUCCAUAAAUGAGAAAAACGAUACAAAGGAAGAGAGUAAGAGUACUAAACCAGAAUCAGCCUCAGGAGCUUCACCUUCACCAUCACCAUCACCGACUGAUCCUGGGCUUGAUUUCAAUGCUUUUGAUUUCUCUGGCAUGGCUGGUAUUCUCAAUGAUCCAAGUAUCAAGGACUUAGCUGAGCAAAUAGCUAAAGAUCCUGCUUUUAACCAGUUAGCUGAGCAGCUUCAGAGAUCUGUACCAACCGCUUCGCAUGAAGGAGGUCUACCUAACUUUGAUCCACAACAGUAUAUGCAGACAAUGCAGCAGGUUAUGGAGAAUCCUGAGUUUAGAACAAUGGCUGAGCGUCUUGGUAACGCUUUGGUGCAGGAUCCACAAAUGUCUCCCUUUUUGGAGGCUCUUGGUAACCCUGCAGCAACAGAGCAGUUUGCGGAGCGUAUGGCGCAAAUGAAAGAAGAUCCGGAAUUGAAACCUAUACUAGCUGAGAUUGAUGCUGGUGGUCCUUCUGCUAUGAUGAAGUACUGGAAUGAUAAAGAUGUGUUGGCAAAGCUGGGUGAAGCAAUGGGUAUAGCUGUUGGAGCAGACCAGAGUGUUGCAGCUGAACCUGAGGAGGCCGAAGAAGGGGAAGAGGAGGAGUCUAUUGUUCACCAGACCGCUAGUCUCGGUGAUGUGGAGGGUUUGAAAGCUGCCUUGGCAUCUGGUGGUAACAAAGAUGAAGAAGACUCUGAGGGAAGGACAGCUUUACAUUUUGCAUGUGGAUAUGGCGAGGUGAAAUGUGCGCAAGUUCUUCUGGAUGCUGGAGCAAAUGUAAAUGCGAUUGACAAAAACAAGAACACACCAUUGCAUUAUGCUGCUGGUUAUGGAAGGAAAGAGUGUGUAAGCCUUCUCCUAGAAAAUGGUGCUGCAGUAACUCUACAAAACAUGGACAGUAAAAAUCCCAUUGAUGUGGCCAAGCUAAACAAUCAGCUAGAUGUGGUGAAACUACUUGAGAAGGACGCUUUCCUCUGAGCUGCUUUGACUCUUGAAGGAUAUGUUUCUUCUGUGUCCUGUAAUAGUGUCACAGAGUCUGAUUGCAACCUUGUCUUCUGUAGGUUUUUUUUCAUCAUUACAUCUGAAAAGAAAAAUGGAGAAAAUGGAUGUUUAUUAUGGUUUUGUAAUGAAUUAAUAUUUUCUUC